AACUUCAACCAGCUCAUAAAGAUCAAGCAUACUGCUUUCCACAAAAAGGUAGAUCUUACGAUGUCCGAAGCCGACAAACAAGACUAUUGUCGAACGUACAUUGUGUUUCCCAGUACAGUGUACAGCAUCACCAAGACAUUCCUUGUAGAUGCUGGACUUCAAAACUCAUACUUGUCUCAGAUCCCCAUGCUCAUUAAGGCCUCUGUCAACAGAGUUGGAGCUGGUAUGGUCAGGAAAGGUCUUGCCCUCAAACUUCACGUUUAUAUCAAUGACUGUCAGUCACUA